GGAAAUAAAGUCUUUACUAUCACUGUUUGGAGGCCAGUUCACUAACAAUCAUGAAACCUACGGAAAGUCUCCAUUUUGGAUUCUUAGCAUUCCCUCUGAAGAUAUUGCAAGGAACUUAAUGAAACGGACAGUGUGUGCCAAAAGGUUACGGUAGAGGCUAAAAGGAUAGUUAAGGAAGCAUCAUCUUAGCUUGAAGUUACAUAGAUUUACCAUUGGGUGGCGAUGAGGGAACAGAGAAUUACCUUCUGGAGCUGAGGUCUAUAUUUGAACUAUGGGGUCAUGGAAAAUCUCCUGAGGAGCUGUAUACUUCUCUUAAAAAUUACCCUGUGGAGAAGAUGGUUCCAUUUCUACAUUCAGAGUCUACAUAUAAAAUAAAGAUUCACACAUUUAAUAAAACAUUGACUCAAGAAGAAAAAGUCAAACGAAUAGAUGCCCUUGAAUUUCUGCCAUUUGAAGGAAAAGUGAACUUAAAGAAACCACAGCAUGUAUUCUCUGUUUUGGAAGACUAUGGUUUAGAUCCAAACCACAUCCCUGAGAGUCCACAUCAUAUUUAUUUUGGUAGAUGGAUUGCAGAUGGGCAGAGAGAGCUAAUUGAGUCAUACAGUGUCAAAAAGAGACAUUUUAUUGGAAAUACGAGUAUGGAUGCUGGUUUAUCAUUCAUCAUGGCCAAUCAUGCAAAAGUGAAAGAAAAUGAUGUUGUCUUUGAUCCAUUUGUUGGAACAGGUGGCCUCCUGAUAGCAUCUGCUCACUUUGGUGCAUAUGUGUGUGGGACAGACAUAGACUACAACACGGUUCAUGGCGUGGGAAAGGCUAGUAGGAAAAACCAGAAGUGGCGAGGACCAGAUGAAAACAUCAGGGCAAAUCUUCGUCAGUAUGGCCUAGAGAAGUUUUACCUCGAUGUCUUGGUUUCUGAUGCCUCUAAGCCUUCCUGGAGGAAGGGAACAUAUUUUGAUGCAAUCAUCACAGAUCCUCCAUAUGGUAUCAGAGAAUCUACAAGAAGAUCAGGUUCACAGAAGGAAAUACCAAAGGGGAUAGAAAAAUGUCCAGAAAGCCACGUUCCUGUCUCCUUGAGUUAUCAUCUGAGUGAUAUGUUUUUUGACCUAUUAAACUUUGCAGCUGAGACUCUUGUACCGGGUGGAAGACUAGUCUAUUGGUUACCAGUGUACACACCAGAGUACACUGAGGAGAUGGUGCCCUGGCACCCUUGCCUGAAGCUUAUUAGCAAUUGUGAGCAGAAGCUUUCCAGUCACACAGCAAGGCGCCUGAUCACCAUGGAAAAGGUGAAAGAAUUUGAGAACCGGGACCAGUAUUCACACCUGCUGAGUGAUCAUUUUCUGCCAUACCAAGGUCAUAAUUCCUUCCGUGAGAAAUAUUUUAGUGGUGUAACAAAAAGAAUUGCCAAAGAAGAAAAAUCCAGCCAAGAAUGAAAAUUAUGUUGACAAUCAAGAAAGAAUAAGCAUUUUAUGAAAAGGACUUUUGGAUGUGAAUUUGUCUGUUUGAUCUAGGAAACCUGUGCUAUUUUAAAAUUUUUAUAUAAAUAAUCGCUAUAAAUCAGAAUUGAAUAAUUUCAAAACGGUCUUUGUUUUAGAGACUAUUUUGAUGUGUCUUUUGAACCUUGUUAAAUUUCAGGGACUGAUACAUAUAGAUGAACUUCGGUGUUUAUAUUUUUUACAAAGAAAGUAUUGUAAACUUUUUAGCCACAUCUUCCAGAUAUAUAGUAGGCAAUUAAUUAAUAGUGCUUUAGAAUAUUUUCAUUUUGUAAAUUUGCUUGGUUUGGUUUUUAGUUGUAUCUGCUUUUCAUUGCCACCAAUAAACUUUCCUGAGAAUUUCUAAAAA